AUGGCAACGUCCGGUAUUGAUGUCGACGCUGAGAUUACAGAAGUUUACAAUGACGUGAAACUGAAGGCUAAGCACAAAUUCCUCAUCUUCAAGAUCAGUGACGACAAGACCUCUAUCAUAAUCGAUGACGAAGUCCCCCGAGCUGGUUCAGCGAAUACGACCACUGUGGAAGACUGCAACGUGCAUUUCGAGGCGAUGAAGCAACGGCUGGGGAAGGAGCCUAGGUACAUACUGUACGAUUUUGGCAUCAGCAACACUGAAGGCAGAAUUGUAAAGAAGUUGGCGUUCAUUUUCUGGUGCCCCGAUAAUUCACCCAUUGGCAAGAAGAUGAUUUACGCAUCAUCCAAGGAUUCCCUGAAGAAGGUGAUGACUGGCAUUGGCAUCGAGUUCCAGGCUAACGAUGCGAGUGACAUGGAGUUCAAAGAUCUCGUAGCGGAGGUGCUCAAGAAAGCGUAA